GUUAUAAAAGCAGAAUCAGUUCAAGACUGAGGCAUUGAGGUCUCUAUUAAGAUCCUCUGUAUAAUCUUAUUUCUGUUGUGUCUUGUCAUAAAUAUGUACAACUAUUAUUUUCUAAUACUUGCAGUGCUACACAGCUGCUUAGCUUAUAAGCAGAGUGUUUCGCACCCAGGAAAAUGCAGACUUGUCUUCAGAUCCGAUGAGGUCCAAGUCAUUUGUGCGUCUGUUAACUUCAAACAGUUACCCAGCAAGGACUUCCCAGGUAACACUACAGACCUCAGUGUCCGCUUCAGCAAUUUAAGCUCCAUAACAUCUGAUGACCUGAAGAUCUUGUCCCAUCUGAGGCAGCUCAGUCUGAUCAGAAACCAGCUGCGUACAUUACCUGCGGACCUGCUUUUGGGCCUGUCAAAUCUUCAUGUGCUUGACCUUACAGGUAACAAACUGACAGCUUUAUCAUCGCAAGUGUUUCAUCAUUCUCCUCUUGUGGAGCUCACACUCUCAGAUAACCUGCUCUCUGAGAUAGAUGCUGACUGUCUGCCUGUAAACAACUCUCUCCAGAGGUUAGAUUUGUCAUCUAACAAAUUUACCCAGCUGCCCGUGGCCUUCCUGCAAAGACUCAACAAUCUCGAGAGCUUAGACUUCCGAAAUAAUCAGCUGGAAGAACUGACUCCUGGAGCUCUGACCUCUCUGCCUAAACUUGAGGCUCUGUACCUGGAAAACAACAGACUGAAGUCUUUAGCCGCAUCAGCAUUCAUUGGUAAUCCAAACCUUCGCCAGAUGUUCUUGAGCGGCAACCGUUUGGAGAGCCUGCCUGCUGGAAUUUUCCUCAAGCAGGACGAACUUGUUUUCCUUGACCUCAGGAACAACUAUCUGCAAAACCUGACUCCAGGUACAUUGGAUGGACGUUUGUAUGCUGUGCUGUCUGGUAAUCCAUGGCACUGCAACUCUAGUUUGGCAUAUCUAUGGCAUUGGCUGCGUAUGAAUAAAAAAAGAAUUGUUCAUGAUGAUACAAUCACUUGUCAAACACCUGAACACAUGAAGGGUAGAAACAUCACUGAAAUUGCUGCCGCAGAGCUUGGCAUCAAGGACUAAGAAGAUCAUAUAAUAAAAUACAUGGUUUAAAACAUGCUGUCACAUAUAUGUUCGAAAUCUUCUAAAUACUUUACAAACUGUGAAAUCUGAAAGAUUUACUUACCAAAUGAUCAGAAAUUCAUAUUUCAUGAUUGUACUAUGCGUAAUAUUGAAAAAAAAAAACUUUUUUACUACUCCAUCAAAUUUCGUAUAGAACUUUAAAGUAAAUAUUUCAAUAUGGAGCAAAUAUUUCAUCUUAUUAAAAAAGUUUUUUUUUAAACUCGAAAAUCUUCUCUAUUUACAAAUCUUUUUGGAGAGUUUCCAGUUAACUAAAUUCCUUAAAUUCCAAGUAUAUAAUUCGUGCUUUUAAAAGCCGGUUUGGUACUAUUUUUAAAGAAAGAAAGCCUGAUGUUGGUCAGCAUAGGGCGUAAUUGGAGGUGCAUACUGUAUGUCCUGAGGGAAAUGUGGUUUCAGAAAAAGUUAUUACAAUUUUUAAAUAUCUACACUUGUCUUUUAUAACUGUUCUGUCCGUUAUUGCUUUUAAUAAUACAUUACAAAUUGUAAUUUCACUGUAUCUGUCUCGUUUUUUGUCUAUCGGUUUGAUGUAGGCUAUGUGUCCUCAGAAAUCCCUUGUGUGUCUUAUAAAAUGCCUUUGUGCAUUGUAGAGAUUUAUAACUCCUGUGUACAAGGGCCAUUUCCAGGGGAGGCUACUUAUGAAAAUUAAACCUUUUCAUGUAGGGUAUAAAUAGGAUAGAAUUGAUCAGAUUGCGCCCUUGUUCCAACUUCUGCCCCCCCAGUGCCCCUCAUUUGUUCAUAUAUAUAUAUAGAGAGAGAGAGAGAAAGAGAGACAUUAUGUUGGGGGUUCCAAAAUGUAAUUGAUUCUGCAUUUUUAUUGGUAUGACAUCACUGUAAAAGCACUAAAAUGUAUUUAUUCAAGCAGGAAAAUAGAAUGGUGAGUUAUGAAUGGGCAUGUAGAGUCCCCAUUAAGAAAGCCAUUACAAAU